AUGCCCAGCCUGUUCUUGUCCUCUCUUCCGGUAGUCUGGCUGCUGCUAAGUCAGCUCACCACAGAAAGCUCUGCCAAAUGGGUGGGCGAUGAAAAGGUGACAUUAUGUGGCACUGAAUUUGAUGCGACCAUGAUGAUCGUGUGCAUGGAAGACAAAGUCUACAAAGAAAAAGAAAAGCAGCAAUCUGGAUCACUAAAAAUGAUGUCAUCCUCUAUCAACAAUGAUGCAGACAUCUUAGAUAUGUCAGAAUACAUGCCUAACUUGUCACAGGAACAGAAGGCCAUACCGUCUGAGGAAGAGCCAUCAUUGAUGAAAGUACUGCGUGCUGAACAAAAGAAACUGACAACUGAGGAAAUCGCCAAAAUAUGUUGUGAAGAAGGUUGUGACAAAGAAACUUUUAUUCAAAGAACUAGCAGGAACUUUGGAGCCUUCAUUAGGGUAGAGACCAGGGGAAUCAAUGAGAAUAAUGCCCUGUCUGAAAUGAAAGCCCUGAAUGCCUGUUACUCUACAUUGUUCUUUCGAGAACAAGGAGGACCUUAG